UGUAAAGAAUGUCCCUUACAUUGGUGAUCAGUGGGAAGAAUGCCCCUUACAUUGGUGAUCAGUGUGAAGAAUGCCCCUUACAUUGGUGAUCAGUGGGAAGAAAGCUCCUUACAUUGGUGAUCAGUGGGAAGAAGCUCCUUACAUUGGUGGCCAGUGGGAAAAAUGCUCUUUACAUUGGUGGCCAGUGGGAAGAAGCUCCUUACAUUGGUGGCCAGUGGGAAGAAGCUCCUUACAUUGGUGGCCAGUGGAAAGAAUGCUCUUUACAUUGAAGGUCAGUGGGAAGAAGGUCCUUACAUUGGUGGCCAGUGGGAAGAAUGCUCCUUACAUUGGUGGCCAGUGGGAAGAACGCUCCUUACAUUGGUGAUCAGUGGGAAGAAUGCUCCUUACAUUGGUGGCCAGUGGGGAGAAUGUUCCUUACAUUGGUGGUCAGUGGGAAGAAUGCUCCUUACAAUAGUGGUCAGUGGGAAGAAUGCUCCUUACAUUGGUGAUCAGUGAGAAGAAUGCCCCUUACAUUAGUGGUAAGUGGGAAGAAUGCUCCUUACAUUGGUCGUCAAUGAGAAGAGUACUUCUUACAUUGGGGGUCAGUGGGGAGAGUGCCUCUUAUAUUGGGGGUCAAUGGGAAGAAUGUCCCUUACAUUGGUGAUCAGUGGGAAGAAUUCUCCUUACAUUGGUGGUCAGUAGGAAGAAGCUCCUUACAUUGGGGGUCAGUGGGGAGAGUGUCUGUUACAUUGGGGGUCAAUGGGAA